GGUUCCGACUCUGGCAGUCCCAUCCCUUUUGCUGGAGUGGUGCCUAAGAACCUGCCAGCACCUGAGGGACUUCCAGCUCACUUCCAAGCUCAAAGCUCUGAUGUGGCUGAUGUGAGCCUGGGAGGAGAUGACUCCAUCAGCCGCCCCACCACCAUGCAAAUCCUGCCCUUGCAGUGUUGGCGCGAAAAGUGUCAAAGUGCUACGAGCCGUGGGCGGCGGCGGCGGAGCGCCACUGAGGGCGAGGCGAAACUCAUGACACGCUCAGAGACCUUCGGCGACUUCUGGAACUUCACCCUAAACCCCACGGGCCACUUCAGGAACUUCUGGGACUUUUUGGCCAUCCUCUGCUUAGUCUUCGACGCGAUUGCUUUGCCUGUGCAGUUUGUGAACCACCAAUUCUAUGCGACGUAUUCCUACUCAUCCAUCAUCUCGAGGCUUCAGGUCUUCUAUUGGGCCUUCGAUUUGAUCCUCUCCUUCUUCACAGGACACA